AUGGACUCAUGGAUGGUUGUUGCCAUUCACGGCCAACUUGGUGCUAUUGUUGCCAUGCGCGCUGAUUGUUUCGUACAAGCAAUCCGAGUGCAUCAUCAAGUGCAUCAUGUGCGCAGCAAAGAGAGUGUGCAAAUCAAGUGCUAUUUGUUCAAGGACUUGAACGUUUUCCUAAGCCUCGCCGACCGAUUGUUCGAAGUGCGAAGAUCAAACAAUGAUGACAUAAUAAUACUUUCCUUCAAUAACUUCAAAUCACUGGCCAGAAAGAAAAUCCAAUCCGCCGUCAACACUGUCUCCGAAUGGGCCGAUAAUCAUGGUUUCACAAUAUCCCCUGAAAAAUCCCAACUGCUCCACAUCAGCAAGAACAGAAAAGGAGUUAGCAAGUUACCCGAUCUCAGUCUGAAAAACUGCCCUAUAAAAUCCCAAACAUCCCUCAAAAUCCUUGGUGUACACCUGGACCGCACUCUGAGCUUUGGUCACCACGCCGAUACCGUUAGAAAGUCAAUCGAAAAGCGCUUGCAAUUAAUUAAAGUGAUCGGAUAUAGAAUCCCAAGCGGACAAAGGGCAACCAUCAUUCGGAUCAUUAAUGGCUGGUUGUUGCCCAAGAUGUUCUAUGGUGUAGGACUUUUUAGUAGAGGCGGUGAUCUCAUCACCAAAAAACUUCGCCCAUUGUACAACAAAGCCUUCCGCUAUGCCUCUGGCGUGUUCAUCACCAGUCCCACCUCUGUCAUUAUAUCGGAAUGUGGUCAACUUCCUUUCGAGCACUUCCUGACGGUCGGCGUGAUGAGGAGGGCCAUCAGAUGGCUCAGCCUUGGUGGUCGCCAGGAAAUCCCUGCUGAAGCUUAUGCGUUAAUGAUAGCCUCUAACCUAACCACCCACAUUACCGACUCCCCCACUAUCAUAUUUAGCGACUCUGCCAGCUGUCUCCAAGAGAUGAAAUCCUCCUCCUCAAAGCAUCCCUGGCUUCAGGAGGCAGAAAGACUGGCUGUGGCCAAUAACGUCGCGUUCUGCUGGUUGCCCGGACACUCCGGUAUCCAUGGCAACGAGGAGGCCGACCGUUUGGCUGGUGCCGGUCGGGAAGCCAGCCCUGAGGCUGUCUCUGUCCCCUCCAUGGACACUAGACGUUGCUUUGAGAAGAAUCAAACCAUCCACUUUACCCUGGCCAGAUAA